UCCAUCGAACUUUCUCUGUUGUUCUUCCUCUGCCUCCUUAGCCCAAACAGAGAAGAAGACGUCGUUUGGCGAAAUUUUUGAAAUACAAGCUUAACCCUCUAACGUUUUCCCUCUCCUCUCUCCCGGGUUUCGAAUAAAUUUUUGAAAUUUUGGCGAAAUUUGCUAUCUUCUGGUACCUGAGGCUGCGUAGCUAAAGUGAAGCAGAGCGAGUACAAUUGAUCAUCGUUAUAAUGGGAGCACAAGAAGUUCUGAGUGUUCCUUUCUGCUCAAAUCCUGUGGACAACACUGAAUAUAGUGACAUACAGUUGGUGCAUGCCGUUAGAAAAGCGCUUGCAUCUGUCCAAAAUGGGGACACCGACCAUUAUACUCAGCUUAUUGGAAUGAUGUACCCUAAAUAUUCUGAUUUCGAUGCAGUGGUGCAGCUAGAGACACUCUUGAAAGUUCUAUCAGGGUCUGUUGCUUGCAUAGAUGUAGUUCACCAUAGAGAUCUUCUUUCUACUAUUUUUACAAUGAGCUUGUGGAAUCACAGACCUAACGUUAUGGAUGCAUUGGUGAACCUAAUUAUAUCACUGGCCGUUACUAGUGGAAAAUAUCUGGACCUUUGUUUGAAUAUGCUCGUAAGUAAUUUCAUUCCACCUCCUUCUGUGACGGAUGAAAAGAAGCAGGAAGUUCGUUUGCGGGUGCAUGAAGCCCUUCACAAGAUUUCUUAUCUAAUUCCUCUUGCUCCCUCGAAAUUAGCGCCUAUACUUGCGCAGAGAAUGCCUAAAAUUCACAUUAAGGACCAGGACUCUUUGAUAGUGACAUUGACAUAUGUGGAUAACCUGUUGAAGUUGGAGAGUAGCCCAAUCGGAAAAUUUGUUGGCAGCAUGAUUUUUAUGGUGGUGAUGGAGAGGUUGCGAGAUUUGGAUUUGGAAAUUGGAUCGGAUGAUAUUUUCCAAGAUGACUCUAAUAGAGGCAUGUUUGAUAUGGAACUUGAAGAGGCAGUUGAAAGCACUAUGAUUGAAGGAGACGAGUUUCCACUGGGGGCUCUAUAUCAAAAUACUUCACAUGGAAAUGUAGUCUCUGAUCUGUUGGACGAAUUGAUGGACCGAUCUUUUAAACAUCUCAAAUUCUGUCAAAACUCUGGUCGUUUGGAUGAGGUUUUUGAAAUCCUCUUUGAGUCGUUUGAGAACUAUAUUCUGAACACGUGCAAAACAAAUUUUUUACAGUUUCUGAUGUUCUAUGCAUGCUCGCUAGAUCCUGAAAAUUGUGGUGUAAAAUUUGCCAGUAAGCUGUUGGAAAUAUAUCUCUCCAGCAACAAAACUCAACUUAAUAGGAUGAGGGCAGUGUCUUAUCUAGCUAGCUACUUGUCUCGUGGAAAGUUUUUGCCUCCUUCUUUUGUUGCUAGCAUGUUGAAAAGAUUGGUGGACGAGUGUGCGGAAUAUUGCAGAACAUGCAAAGAUGGUAUGAAGCCAAAAGCACACCAAGUGUUCUAUUCUGGAUGUCAGGCAAUCUUGUAUGUCCUAUGUUUCCGUAUGAGAUCCAUCCUGGACAUUCCUCGCUUUCAGUCGCUGCUUACACCAUUGGAGUCAAUUUUAUGUCACAAACUAAACCCAUUGAUGGUGUGCCUUCCGUCUGUAGUUUCCGAGUUCCUUAAACAAGCGAAAACUGGUGGUCUGUUUGUUGUCUCAGAAGCCUUCAAUUUCGAUGACCUACAGAAGUCUGAGCUCUCUCGUGCUUUUGGUGGCUUUGAAAGGCUUGACACAUUCUUCCCGUUAAGCCUGUGCUUGUUGAAAAAGUCUAGCAGUUAUCUAUCUCCCGGCACUUCAAACUUCUGGUCAAAGGUGAAAACGACUUAUUACGAAGAUGAUGAGGUCAUAGUGAAUGAAGAUGCAGAGACUGAGGAGGACUGCGAAGAUAACGUUGAACUUGAUAAAGAGGAGGACUGCGAAGAUAACGUUGAACUUGAUAAGGAGGAGGAGAUGUCUAUACCUCCUAAAUACUCUUUCAUGCGAGAAACAGAGAGGCUCUUGAAGAUGCCUUCAAGAAUCAGACCAUCCACUAGUCCUCCUGCAUCCUUCUUAAUCUAGUGGAGAGAAGAGGGAAUAAAAGAAGUUAAAUUAUCUCAAAUGGUUUUGUAGAAAAUUUUUGAAGAACAUCUUUACGAAGUAUUGGUUUAACUCAAACUAAUUAUUAAUUAAUCUUUUGAUA